AUUGACGUCGUACAGAAGGAUCUGGAAGCGUUGCAGUGAACCAACUGAAGUCUGCUUUGAACUUGUGACGAUUCACAAUAUUGUCUUCAUAUAAGGUUGUCCAUUGAACGCAGAUAUGGUCAAGGAAACGGGCUUCUAUGACACACUGGGUGUGAAGCCUAAUGCUACUCCUAAUGAACUGAAAAGGGCCUAUCGCAAACUAGCCUUGAAAUAUCACCCUGACAAAAAUCCUACAGAAGGAGAGAAGUUCAAGCAGAUCUCCCAGGCAUAUGAGGUGUUGUCAGAUGCCAAGAAGAGAGAGCUGUAUGACCGUGGAGGUGAAAAGGCCAUAAAGGAGGGAGGAACUGGUGGUGGUGGCGGUGGGGGCUUUGCAUCGCCCAUGGACAUCUUUGACUUGUUUUUUGGUGGGGGUAGUCGGAUGUUCAGAGAACGAAAAGCAAAGAAUAUUGUACAUCAGAUUACAGUGACGCUGGAAGAUCUUUGUAAUGGAGCUACAAGAAAACUUAGUGUCCAGAAGAAUUCAAUUUGUGAGAGAUGUGAAGGUCGAGGGAGUCGGAAAGGAGCUGCACAGAUGUGCAUGACUUGCCAUGGCACAGGCAUGCAGGUCCGCAUGCACCAACUAGUACCAGGUAUGGUCCAGCAAGUGUCCACAGUGUGCCACAGCUGUCAGGGCCAAGGACAGAGAAUCAGCCACAAGGACCGCUGCAAAGCAUGUGGAGGCCGGAAGAUCCUGCGACUGAAGAAGAUUUUGGAGGUCCACAUUGACAAAGGUAUGAAAGAUGGGCAGAAGAUUGUUUUCCAUGGAGAGGGAGAUCAGGAGCCAGGACUUGAGCCAGGUGAUAUCAUCAUUGUCUUGGACCAGAGGGAACAUCCACGUUUCACCAGGAGAGGAGAGGACCUGAUCAUGUCCAUGGAGUUACAGCUGGUUGAAGCUUUAUGUGGUUUCAAGAAACCUGUUCUGACACUGGACAACAGAACUCUCCUCAUCACCUCACAUCCAGGAGAAUUGAUCAGGCCUGGAGACACAAAGUGCGUCUUGAACGAAGGGAUGCCCACGUAUCGCAGACCGUUUGAGAAGGGACGCCUCAUCAUUCACUUCUCAGUGGUGUUCCCACAAGCCAACUUCCUCCCCAAGCACAAGCUGAAGGAGCUGGAGCGCUACCUCCCAGAAAAGAUGAGCGCAGAGCAGCCAGACAGUAUGGACGAUGACCUGUACAUCUACGCCGACCUGGAGGACUGUGACUAUGAGAACAGAAAAAGGCACCACCAUCAGUACUACUACAUGGAUGAAGACGACUACGCCAGCACCGGAGGUGUUCAGUGCCAGACGUCUUAAACAACAAAGAGCUUUCUCUUAUUCCAGAAGCCCAAACCCUCAUCUCUAAAGCGAAGCACCUUUUUGGAAAAUUUGUGCACUUUUAUUUUAUUUCAUUUUAUUACUUUUUUUUAAAUCAUAACUGGUUGAAGUUUUCUUUCAAGCUGAAUCAUCAGAUUAUGUCCCACCUCGCUCCUGAUUUAUUGUAACACUUUUUGGAUUCAGUGGAGUAUUUUCAAGUUCCAGGACCAAACUUGGAUCCAGGUGAAUGGGAUUCUUCAUCAUCUCUGGCACCUUAUUUUGUUUUUAUUUUUUUCCCCAAUCACACUGUGAUUACAGACGAGGGCUGGUAAUACAGCUGCAGACGCUUCAGAGGAAAGAAAAACUUUGUGAAAACAAAAUACUGCCUGCUUUUUAUGCAGCAACACUAAAACUGAUGGCCAAUAUUAAUCUGAAAAUAGCCUUUUUUUUAAUAGUGUUACUAAAUCAGUUGUUGUUGUUGUGAACCACUUGCUUAUGACUCGUUCAAUCAGUUGUGUGUGAAGAGCCAAUAUUCAGAUGGUGUUGGUAGAGAGGAAUAUUCAUUGAUACUUGACAACAGCAUUCAUGCUGUUUUACCCUUUUUAAGGGCUAUUUUCUAAACAUUAUUAAGCAGUCUUGACAGUGUGACGGGAAGAUGUAAAGUUAAUAUUGAUUCAAGCAGGAGAAUAUUUAGGUUCAAGCCACUAAAUUGUAGAUUUUUCAAACUAAUAUUUAAGUUUAGUUUAAUUUUUUUCUACUUUUGAACUGCAAAUCAGUUGUCUGUUGUUAUACCGUAGUUGUUUUUGUUUUGGGAAUAUUGUAUGGAAAGUGUAUAUAUAUACAUAUAUGACAGGGUAGGUAUUCAGUCAAAAGGUCAAACAUGAAUGAGUAAGAAGUCACUUUAUUUUGAAAAAAAAUAAAAAUAAAAAUGAACAGAUCAUGGAUCAAAAAGAUCAACAUGAUCUUGGUGGUAAAUGUUUUCUUCUCUUUAAUAAGUGUGUCAAAUGCCAAGUUGCACCCAAGUUGACUGAAAACAAGUGUGUGAUGUCUAGGUUGUUUUUUUAAAGUUUGAAUGUUCUUGAGAUUACUUCAUGCACAGUUGUUUAUGAUCAUUAGAAGAUUUAGAGUUAAUUUACUUCUCUGGUCUUCAGACCAAAAUGUGGAAUUUUGAUGGCAAAUUUUAAUCAAAGUAGCAAGUUAAAUUUGUCGAUGUUUUUUUUUUUUUGCUGGUGUUACCCCACAAACUAUUAAGUGUGUCUCUUUUCAUAUAUGUAAUCCUAAUGGUAAAUGCCAAAUGGCACUUAAAAUCGGCACACCUGAUACCUCAUUGAAGUGUCUGCCUGUUUGAAAGCCUUAUCAUAACUUAACAUGAAGCUACUUGAUAAUGCAGUUUGUCUUUUCCAUUGUUGAUUUUUGCCUUGGAUAUUGUAAAACACAGCUAUGCUCACGGAAGAGGGGCUUCUUAAAUUGUUCAACAGCUGUUCUUGAAAGCAGAUGCAAAUUUAUGAGUAGUCAUAAUGUCAGGGGAUUUCAACUCAAAUAAGUGUUGUCUUAAUUUGACUGUACGUGUUAGGACCAAUGAUCGACUUAUGCUCAUGUUUUCUAAUUAAAAGCAGUUUGACUGUC